AUGACUUUAUCAGGAAGUGACUCUGCUACUGUGACAGAAGUUGCUCUGGUGGAAUCGACGAAGGGGUCGAAGGAGACGUUGGGAGUUGUGUCGCAGGGCAGCGGGAACUUUUUAGUCCAGGUUGAUGUGAUGCCGACGGUGGAGUUUGUAGUGAGAGUAAAGGGGAGAGUUCAAGGUUCUGCUACUGACUUUCAGAGACAGUCGCCCACCAACUUCAGAGCUUCUAAUCUGAUUCUUACAGCCAACUCGGACAGCAUCUUGACUGCAGGAACCAUGAUCUCUGUGCCCUUCACUGUGGCUUCAAGCAGARCCGAUGAAAACAUAACCAUUCGAGCCACCAACUCGAGAAAUCUUGACUCGACGUUUCCGACCRUUUUAUUGGUGCAAAGUGGGAACAGCACUAAUGGCACGGUGACCCUGCUGGCUCCGCUGAGCAUCCCGUCCGGRUCCGAYGUCAUCCUCACCAUCCUGGCCGAGACGCCGGACGGAAGUGACACCAACUACAUUGUGCUGCGAUUCUCUGUAGUGAACUCGUUAAAUGAUUUCACCCAACCAGCGUGUCAGAUUCUCAGCAUGCUGUCCAGGUGUGUUGAGAACUUCAUCAUCAUGGGGUUUGGACAACUUUUACUGAGUGGAUUUAUGAAAUGAAUGAUUCUUAUAACACUUUGACUUAUAAAUACUUUACCAACCACUCUGACAAAUAUAAAACAUCUGGAAAGAGA